GCUGGGUUGCUCGGCGAUGUCGUGCGUCGUGCUGGAUCAUGUCAUCAUGACCAGACAUGUCCAGACAGCACAGAAACUACAGAAGAGCAGGGCCGCUUGGGUACGCCAACGGGCAACGGGUGUGGAUUGGUCGAGAUCCAUGAUCCAUUUCUCGAUUUCGCUCGAAUUUCAGCACCGACGCCACUGACGCGGAAUGAAAAGCUGAAUCGCCCGCCAAGCGCCAAGCUAGAGCGUUCACUUGCGUCAGCGAUCACCGAUUGCCCGCACCCGCAGACCCCGCAGUGCCGACGCCGAACGCCGACUGCCGACUUCUCAGAGUUCAGAGACGACACACGAGUCGAGCCGUGAAGUCGUGCGGUUGGUGCGGAUGUCGAUUUGUCCGAUUGCUGCCGACGCGGUCGUUUCCUCGCUGUCCCGCGGGACGCGCGUCCUCUGAGUCUGAAGUCUCAACUUGAGGUUAGAGAGAGAAAUGGUCCAACCUCGUCUGCCUGCCAUGAUGAACAUCGAAGCUGAAAAGAAACUAGUCGUUGUUCUUAGUCGUCUUCCUAGCUCUGUCCUUUGUGGUUUGAAAACUCCUACGGUCUCUCCUCUGGAAGCUUCUUCUGUCUCUCCAUCAACAGACAUUUCAUCAACAUCACCUCCUUUAUUGACUGAGCAAAGUGCCUCCGAGCUGCCUCCAAUAAGUGGAUCGAAUUUUUCCUCAGAUGAUGAUUUGGACGAAGAGGAGCUGGAAUCUUUUGUGGCGGAAAACAGGAGCAAAGAACCUCUCAUAAGUUAUCCACAAGACACAGCCACCUCCUUGGCUAACUCAAUGAUCCAAAAGAAACGUAAGAAGGGUAGGAACCAUCAAGGACGAAGACUUCGUCACAAAACGCUGAAGGCUUCUGGGUUGUUGAAUAGCACAUUUGCAAGGGACACUUUACCACUGCAAUUUUCAACCCCCACUCAAGGUGCAAGCAGACGUCAAGGUGGAUUUGUCCCUCCUCGCAUUUUGCAUUUUCGCACGGCCACACCAGGCAGGGGGGUUGUUCUUCACAAUUGUGAUGUUAAGGUGGACAACUUUAACAUGCAUUAUUAGGUUCAAAUUUUUCGGUUUUUUGAUUAUUUUUAUUGACAGUUUGGAACCGACUUCUGCUUAACCAUAUUUUAUUUCACUAUGUUAAUAUUUCAUUUUUUAAUGCUGCAAUCUUUGACCAGUCCGGCAUUUUAGUUCAUUUUGUGUGUUAUUAAUUCCCAAGUCAAACAAGUUUAAGAAAUUAUUUUAAUUUGAAAAUGUGGAACAUCUUUAAUGAUUGGAAUGUUAAUAUAGAAAGGAGAACUUAUAUGAUUGAUGAUGUGUGAUAUAUCAAUAAAAAUGCACAAAUUGAAUGUAA